ACUAAAAAUGACCGAUGGUCGGUUGCGAGGCUCCGCGCCGACAGUGAAGAAGCGUGAACGCACCUCAGCCUCUCACCACGUUUCCUUUCCGGCAAUUUCCUGUUCUUCUUUCGUACCAAGAUGCCACCGAAACAGACCAAGCCGGGCGACAAAGCUGGCGCUGCCAAGCCAGAGGCCAAGAAGGAGAAGAAGCCUGCGGCCGCUGCCACUGCUGGAGCUGCCAAGCCCGCUAAGCCUGCUGCCAAGCCCGCUGACAAGGAUGGCAAGCCCAAGCCCAAGGCGGCCGACAAGAAGGCCGCUGCCGCCAAGGCAGCCAAGGGACUCAAAGUCGCUGCCAAGGCUGCCAAGGCUGCCAAGGGAGCGAAGGGCGCAGUGAAGGGAGCUGCCAAGACCGCCACCAAGGGCAAGGCUGGCGCCAAGCCCACCAAGGUUGUGCCCAAGGGCCAGAAGGGAGGCGCUGUCAAGGCUGCCAAGGCUGCCCUCGACAAGGCCCGCAAGGUCCAGAAGAAGGUCAUCAAGGGACCCUUCGGCACUCGUGUCCGCAAGGUUAGGACUUCAGUUCACUUCAACCGCCCCAAGACCUUCAAGGCUCCCCGUAACCCCAAAUAUCCCCGCAAAUCCGUGCCCAGGAGAAACAGGAUGGAUGCCUUCAAUAUAAUCAAGUACCCCCUCACCACUGAAGCAGCAAUGAAGAAGAUCGAAGAUAAUAACACCUUAGUCUUCCUUGUUCACCUUAGAGCAAACAAGCACCAUAUCAAGGCAGCUGUCAAGAAGCUGUAUGAUAUUGAUGUUGCUAAGGUUAACACACUCGUCAGGCCUGACGGCAAGAAGAAGGCGUACGUGAGACUUACGAGAGAUUUUGAUGCUCUGGAUUCGGCCAACAAGAUUGGCAUUAUCUAAAUGUAUCUCCUUCUUUAUUAAAUAUCUUUAAAAUCCA